ACAAGAAAUUCCGCCAUGGUUUCCGCCUUCAAGAACCUCGUCACUGGUUCCACUUCCCCUUCCUCCGCCGCUAUUGAUUCUUUUCUUGAUUUCGGUGCUCCCGGGGGUUCCGCUUCUACUUCUGCCGGCGUUGAUCGGGGAAACACGGUACUUCAAGUGAGUGAAGUUCAGGAUAAGUGCCACGUCUGCAAAUUCGACUUCUGUCUGGGUUGCAAUCUCUUCCCGCCAAGUCAGCAAGACGAAAAGAAGGGGACAACAAUCAAGCCUAGAGGUAAAAGAGUAAAGAAAAACUACAGGGGAGUACGUCAAAGACCCUGGGGGAAAUGGGCAGCGGAGAUUCGAGACCCAAGGCGUGCCACCAGGGUGUGGCUCGGAACCUUCAACACGGCGGAGGAAGCAGCUCGUGCUUACGAUAAAGCAGCUAUCGAUUUCCGAGGACCAAGAGCUAAACUCAACUUCCCCUUCCCUGAUAUCAGUGCAACACCUCCACCGCCACCUGCAGCAACCGGAAUAGCUACACCGAAAAUAACCGGUGACAAUGAAAUUAAUAACAGAUGGAUGGAUGAAUGA